AUGUGGUCCUUUGACGACGGAGGGCUCUUGAGACCUACUGAGUUCUACUACUCCGAGACCCAGGACGGCAGUUUCACAGACAAGGACUUGGAGUUCAUCGAGAAGUUCAAGGCUGAACUCGCCUUACGCGGCUUGGAUGAUCUAUUCGGCUUGGCCCGGUAUCCCGGAGACCAUUUUGAUGGUUCCUGCGAAUUCACCCAGGGCAGGGCCAAUAUCAAUCUCCAGCCUAAAGACUAUCCUGCCAUUCUGAAAGCCUUUUCGGUUGGCAAGUUCCAGAUGGUCGAAGGUCUUUCAACAGACCGCUUGUUUUGGUUAUAA